CCGUGCGGGAGAAGGGGUCUGGGAGGGUAGGACCCAGGGCGCAGGUCUCUCUGGCUGCCUACGCCGCUGUCUCGGGAGCGGACGCGGCCGCUUUAAGGCGCGGUGACCCCACGGCACCCGCGGGCGGGGCGGGGACAGUGCGGGCUUCCGCGGCACCAGCGGAGGCGAAUGCGAGGGAGAGAGUGCGCGGCGUCCGGCCCCAGCAUGCUGACCGCGUUCGCCCCGCCAACCCUGCCCGGGCUCCCAGGGCGGCUGCCCGCCGCCCCCGCGCGGCGCCAGGACUCCUCCAGUUCGUCAGGCUCCUACCACACGGCUCCGGGUUCUCCAGAGCCCCCGGACGUUGGGCCGGACGCGGAGGGCAGGGCGAAUUGGCCCACGGUGGCCCCUGUGCUGGGGGAGGGCGCGCAGCCUCGCCUGUCCGUCAGCGCCCAGAAUAGCCGCCAGCAGCUCGGGCCCGGCUCGGGUUUCCCGCGAGGCCCGGCCUCGGGCCCGCGGCCACCCCAGCCCCAGCUGCGCAUGCUGCCGUCGGGGGAGAUGGAAGUCAUCUUCGGCGCCGGGCCCCUGUUCAGCCGUUCCGACGCGGAGGAUAGCGAGGUGCAACAGCUCACGACGCGGACCUUCCGCAGCCUCUCUCCGCCCGGCUCCGCGUCUCCCAUCCCUGCCGAACCGCAGCCCCAGGGCCCCGACGGUGGCUCCCGCUGGGCCACCUACCUGCAGCUGCGACCCCGCGGGCCGAGUCCUGCCACCCCAGCGCAGUUCGAGUGUGUGGAGGUGGCGCUGGAGGAGCGUGCCGCGCCUGCCAGGCCCCGGACGGUGCCCAAACGUCAGAUCGAGCUGCGCCCCCGGCCCCGGAGUCCCCCACGGGAGGCCAGCGCGCCGCCCCCGCGACUGUUCCUGCGCACCGGCUCCCUGGACGAGUCUCUGGGCCGCCUGCAGGCUGCCGCGGACCUCGUGCAGACGGCGCUGGCCAGAAAACUGAGUCCCGCGACCCCUGCCCCAAGCAGCGCCACCUUCGGACCCACGGUACCGCCAGAGCCUGCGACCCCGGAAACGCCCCGCAGUACUCGAGUGGCCCUGGAGGAGGCCAGGUCUCGGCCACCUCGUGUGCAUUAUAGUUCAGCCCCCGCCAGGGCCCCACGACCGUGGCCUAGCCUCCGUGAGCGCGCAAUUCGGCGCGACAAGCCCGCGCCCGGGACCGAGCCGCUGGGUCCAGUUAGUUCCAGCAUCUUCCUGCAGUCUGGGGAGAAGAUCCAGGAGGCGCACUACCAGGAACCCAAGACUCGGUUCCCGCGAGAGACUCCGGAUCGAACCGUCCUGAGGGCACAGAGUCCUUCUUCCCAGUCUAGGGCCCCCCGGGAGGUUUCGAGUAAGGCUGUGAGACCGAGGAGCCCAUCCCCGCUGUGGCAAGCUCCAAAUGGGACCGUGCGGGGUCCUCGUUGCCCCUCGCCCCAGAACCUGUCCCCGUGGAAUAGGGCUAUCCGGAAGGUGAGUAGCCCGUCGCUCCCCGAGGCAUCCUCCGCAUGGGGAAAUCAGGAUGCUGCUGUCACUGAAACUGUCAGCAGAAAGAGCCCUUCCCCUCCGACCCUUUCCCAGUGGAAUCAGGGUGUUGCCAGUGCAAGAAGCCCAUCCCCCGAAGCUCCUUCCUCGUGGGAGGUUCCGCAUGCGGCAGGUGGGGAUACAGUUGAGGGGAGUAGGAGCCCGUCUCCGCCAACCUUGUCCUCAUGGGAGACUCCAGAUCGUCCUACUGGGACGUGGAGCCCAUCGCCCCAAGAGACGUGGGACUCCACAGUGCAGAGCUCAGCGGUAGUGUCUACGCGGGAAGCUAUGAAUGGCGUAGCCCAGGAGGAACUGGUGCCACCCACGCCAUCUGCACCCGAGACUCCAGAGCUAACAGAGGCGCAGAGUCCGUCCACGCGGGAGAUGCCGGAUCUUGCCUUCCGAGGCAGCCAGCUGUCGCCAGCGGUGGCUGCACCGCAGCUGCCCCUCAGUCGCCUCGUGGGCACCCUGGAUGCCAAUGCGCGCCCGGAAGCCUUGGGCUCUGGAGAAGCGGCCUCGGGACGCCCGCGCGUGGCCAUUCCGCGGCCCCGAGACGUGCGCAAGAUGGUGAAGACCACAUACGCGCCAAGCUUCCCGGCAAGCACCCCAGGCUCAGGGCUGCCUGCGCCUCCUGCGGAACCCCGCGGGGAGGAAGGCGGCGCAUCCAAGACACAAGAGCUGCAGGCACCGGGGGCCCCCGCCCCGGCUCACUACACUUCCGUUUUUCUCAAGGACUUUCUGCCGGUCGUGCCACACCCCUACGAGACCCCAGAGCCAACCCCAGACACAGUCCCCCGGGACGUUACGCAGCCCAACGGGGUCCUGCGGCGGAGGGCAGAGAACAGCACGGCGAAACCCUUCGCGCGCACUGAGAUCCGCCUGCCUGGUGCCUUGGCCUUAGGCCGCCGGCCGGAGGGAACCCAGGGAGUUGUGGUGCGCGGUCCUGGCGGAAAGAACAGGGAUGCAGAGCCCCAGCGCCUGGUCCCCGACGACAAGGGUCGUACCAGCCCUCUAGGCGGCGCUCGCACAUCACCCCAGAAGUCGCCGAUAGGGCCGGCAGGGACCCAACCUCCCGGACCGCCCCGCCCCAGCUCCCCGCAGGCGCACCCUAACUCGAGCCCUGGAAUAGCACCGAAACAGGAGACGCCGCCUAUGGCCCCUGAGCCCGCGAUUGCGGUCCAGUCGCCCCUCCCGCGGGAGCCCCAGGCGUCCGCUGGCAGAGCGGCCCCGCCCCAGGCCCGCGCCGCCUCGGCGCCUCCCAUGGACCGGUCCCCGGAAGGCCCCUCCCAGGGGGCGCGCAGGCCGCCCGGGGCCGCGCACCCGGGGAAGGUCCUGGUGGACCCAGAGAGCGGCCGCUACUACUUUGUGGAGGCGCCGAGGCAGCCUCGGCUGCGGCUGCUCUUCGACCCCGAGAGCGGGCAGUACGUGGAGGUGCUGCUGCCACCCUCGCCCUCGGUGCCACCCCGCCGCGUCUACACCCCGCUGGCCCUGGGCCCCGGCCUCUACCCGCCUGGCUAUGGGCCUAUCCCUGGCCUCUCACUGCCACCAUCCCCGGGUCCGCCGGCCUUCAGCGGCCCCCAGCUACCCUGGGCCUCCGAGGCGGGGCCCCUGGACGGGAUGUACUACCUGCCAGUGAGCGGGACCCCCAGCCCCGCGCCUCCUCUGCUCCUCUGUGCUCCACCCUCCAGCUUGGGUCCCGCCCAGCCGAGCAAGGGCUCCUUGUUCCCCGUGUGAGGCCCCAGGGCCUGAUCCCCAUGGUGUUGGGGCCCAUUAAUGGCCUUGGAGGUUCUGGCAUCCAGUCCUGUGCCCUCUUUUCCUUCUUUCACCUCUUUCUUUUACCCAUCUCAUGCAGUCUUCAGACCAGAAGUUACCUUCAGAGUGCUUAUCUGAGACCCCCAGCGCUGAUGGAGCUGGAGCUCAGGAAAUGGCUGCCUGUUUCCUCCCCCCGACAAAAUCGUAUACCCCUUUCCCAAGCAUUCCCAGAGUGUGGUGUGUUGGAGGGCUGUGUGUGUGUGUUGUGGGAUGAAAAAAAUGCAGAACGUGAGAGUUGUGAGUUAAGUUUUAU